AUGGCAGUACUGCCUUUUAUUUCUUCCUGUCGCCCCAUCCCGCGACGGCCGGGAAGCAGCGCGGAUGUCGGACCGUUCGUCAAUGUCGUUACCUGGACCUUGCUAAUUACUUCCGCACUUGCAGUUCUAACUAGACUGGUUACGAAACGUGCUCUCCAGAGGAGGAUCGAUGUUGACGAUGCUUUUGUCAUGCUGGCUCUGGCCUUAAGCAUAGCAUCAGGUGGGGCAGUCAGUCUCCAAACACAUAAUGGUCUUGGGAGAGACAUGUCGCUACUCACCCAGAGUCAGCUAGUGGUAUAUCAAAAAGUAAGGCUUGCCGUCAGAUUAAAUGUUGGAUCGAUGGCCGAAUAUGCAAACAAUCUUCUCUAUAUCGCGACUUUGGGAUUAGCGAAGUUGUCUAUCAUCUCGCUGCUCAUAAUUCUCACGGCCUCAAAACCCCACCGCAACCUCGGUCUAGCGCUGGCUAGCUUCAUUGGACUCUGGACGGUCUCCUUUUGGCGUUCCGUGGGUGCGAUCAAUAUCCUCACUGACCUGGCACUUAUCACUUUUCCAGUGCAUGUCGUUAUGACACUGCAAAUGAGUAUGAGUAAGAAGAUAACUAUUCUCACCUUUUUUGGUGCACGGUCACUAGACAUCGUUGCGACUGCUGUCCAGAUGGUCUAUCUCGACGGCUUCACCUCGCCCAAUCCAACCAAGGCACUCUGGAAAUGGACACUCCUCGCUCAGAUUAUUGAGUGCAUCACCAUCAUUACAUCAUGCGUACCCUACAUACGACCCCUCCUUGAGUCGGUUCCAUCAGGUUUGUAUGCGAGUGACAAUCUACGCCGUCGAGGCACAUCGUCUGAGCAUGGCGUCUCCCGCAGUAAAAAUAGCUCCUAUCAGCUAUGUAGUAUCGCCUCUAGAGUUGGUACUGGGAUCACAGGGUCAAGUAGGAAGAGUCUCUAUACUGAAAACACUGGAAUCAAACGCUUCUUGCCGAUGCUCGCACAAGACAAAACCACGCAUACAAACUCUGCUUCAGAAAUACCUGGAGAUCCGAGGCGCUUGGAUGGCGCGACCGAUGUUGAAAUUACAGCUGUACAUCAUAGACAUGGAGAUGAUAGGAGGUGGGAGACUGCGAGCACGGGAAGUCACUCUAAGAUCGUGAAGACGACGGUUGUUAGCGCUGAGUGGGAAGAGGCAGGAGUCAAGGGGUACGAUGGGUCGAGUGACGAGAUUGAAGUUAUACAUGGAGGCUAG